AUAUUGAAUAAUAAAAAGGUAAGAAAUAUACCAUCCAUUAUUGGUCUUACCAUGAAAUCUUACUAUUAGUGUUAAUUCCUCUCCUAUAGAUCAAUGGAGGAAACAAGUAGCUUAAACUCUGAAAGAAAAUCUAGUUCCAAAUCUAAAAAUGAAUUAGCCAACUCAAAGGAAGAAAUAAGAAAUGAUAACUUAAAAGGUAUUGAAGGAAAGAGUACUGUCGAACAUACUUCCUAUCUCAAGAGAGUCCCCAAACUUAAAACAGAGAUGAAUCUUCGGAAUAAAAUUGCUUAUAAUCGGGCUGUGAAUGUGCUAAAAGUUGAGAAGAAACAUAAUAAAGACCUUGAACUAUCAAAAGAAAUCAAGGAAUAUCAUGAGAAAGGAGUCAAGAGAGAAGUUCCAAAGUUUUUAAAAAGAAGUCUGGAGUAUUCAAGCGUCUAUGAUGGAAAAAUACUUGAUGAACCAAAAUCAAUGACCAGAGAACAACAUGCAGAGAACCUCAAAAGGAUUAAAGAAUAUAAUCGAGAACAAGCAUUAAGAAGCAGAAUAGAUAGAGCAGUACAGCAGACUAUAAAGAAUAUUGACAAUCAUGCAGAACUUGCACAGAAAGAAAGAGAAGAAAAAGAGUUAAAAUUAAAAGAGGAAAAAGAAAGAGAAAUACUAAAAAUUAAAGAAAAUGAAGAGAUUAAGGAGAACCAGCAGAAUACUAUCAUUAUUAAGAAUAAAAAUAAACAAAAGAAUAAAACAAAGAGAAGCUUAGGGAAAUCUAAAACUAAAAAUAAAAUUAAAGAAGUUCCUCCAUAUACACAAGCUGAACUGUUAAAAUAACAGAAAGAAGGUUCUUUCAAAAAUGCCUUUGUUUGAAGCUCUUUACAGAGGAAUUACAGGGAAGCCUAAAGCUUGUCCCAAAACUGAGAUUCUUGAACCUAAAUCAAAGAGUCAGUAUAGACCUAGUGUAAAAAUUAGGAAGUCUUCUCUUAAAGCUUCGAGAAAUAUACAUAUCAAUGACGAUCAACUGAGAGCCAAGACUACUAUCAAUGAUACCAGAGAGAGAAGAGAACUAGAAAAGGAAAGUGAAAAGGAAGUUAAGAAUGAUAUCAAAAAGACCCAAUCUUACGUCCAGGUGACUGAAAGAUCAAGAAUGAAAUAAAAUGAUUCUUGGAAAAUACAACCUUGGGAAGAUAUUUAGCAAGGAAGAGACUUUAUCUGACUCUCCCGUAAAUGUGACUAUCACUAGAGAUAAGAAGGAGCAUCAAAAUCUUACAACUGUCCUUCUCAAGAAGAAUACAAAGAAUUCUCCUGGAAAGGAUCAUCACUCAAACAAAUUGCUGGAGGAUUUCUUAAAGUCCAGGUACUUUAAGCAGUAUCAGAUGGAUGCAGGCGAAUCUAUCUUUUAUUCAAAAGCUUCAACUAGUCUUGAUCAGGAAUUGAACACACUUAUCAAGUCAAGGUCUUUAUCUUACUUGAACCCUCCCUCCAAGCAAUGACACGUGUACACACAGAGGACAACGAGAGACCGAGCUAGUAGUAGGACCAGAGCUAAUCCCAAGUUUAAUAAAGGUACCCAUACAGAUAGACACACACAAUUUAUUGUUAAAGGAGAUAGCAUUUUGAGAAAAGAUAGCUUCCCAGAAACUGAAGGCAGUGAAGCAUUUGCCAUGUUUCAAAGACUUACUCCUGGGAAGAGAGCUGAUACAACAACAGGAUUUAGAAGCAAAAAUAAUACAAAUUAUGAAGAUAAAGCGGAUAAAGGGUGUAGUUCUUCUAUUAAAUUUACAAGAGAGCAUGUUCUAAGUACAAUAGCUAGAGCUACUGGGAGAGAAAUCAGAAUAAAACCAGCUCUUAAUAUGCUUACAAAAGAUAAAUGUAAGAGCCAGAGAAAUAUGAGGUCUCACAUCAGAAGAUUAACCAAAAAGAAAGAUAUUAUGAUUGGAAAAUAAUGGAAUAGUUAGUAAAUAUCAUAAAGGAGAGUUGGAUUACAUUGAAACACAAGCCAACAAAGUAUCAUUUUCUCCUGCCUCCUUUUCUGAAACGACGGAUGAGCAAUACAUUCCAAAUACUUUGUAUGGAAACUCUGCGGUGCAGGCAGUAAAGAUUUCAGAAUCUCAUAGGAGUCUUCAAAGAAAUACCAAAAGCCAAGCCUUGAUCAAGAGAUACAAUCUUGUCAAAGAAAAUGAAGGCCAGAGACCUAAAGAUCUCCAGGAUAUGGAAUCUAGAGUUAUAAAAUCAAAAAUUCAUUUUCAAAGGUUCUAUGAAAAGAAAUAAUGUCUCUUUUAUGAAAAUGCUCAGCAAAUUAGAAAGCAAACUUCAUAAGCAAAACCAAAAUUCACUUGAGGACUUGAUGAUUCAAAAGAGGAGAUUAGUUGCUAAUCAGAAUAAGAGAUUUAAAGGAAUCAAAGUCAACCACAACACUCAAGGAAGAGAAGGAGAACAAAGCUAUGUUGUCAGAGAAAGAAUAAAUACUGAUAUUGAAAAAUAUAAGAAAAGCUGACUCAAGAAGGGACUUACAAUAAAUGAUAAUUCAGGAAAAGUAGAUCAUUUACAAUCUUAUGACCCUGAUCUUAUUAACAAUAAUAAGACUCUUUUCAAAUAAGAAUACAGUUUCCACUGACAAAUGUAUCCAGAAUGAAUUUAGCAGUUUAAGCUCUUCAAAAUCAUUCCGUAGGAAUGAUAUAAAGAACGAAGGAUCUUUGGAUUCAGAAAAUAAUCAAGACGCUUCAGAUAAGAUAAAUAGCAGGCUUAGUAUCAGAAUCGAGAAUGCAAAAGUAAUUGAUGAUAUACUGAAGCCAGAAAAAUUGAGUGACGAUAGUAAUUGCAGUCGGAACAAUAAACUAAGCAACAGUGCAAAGUCAAUUUCUGUCCUCAGCGCAAAAUACAAUAGCUGGACUAACAAUAAGAGCACAAAGAAGAGGAAUAAGCCAUCUUCAACUUCAGCCAACUUUAAGAAGAAUAAAAACAGCAAAAUUCAUUGAAAUAAGAAAAUAAACUCUACCAAAGGAGACCUUGAUAACAAAGUUUAUAUACCUUUAUUUUCCAAUAUUUCAAAGGAUAAAGACAAGUUGGUUAUUGGAGCUAAUCCUACGCCAGCUAGAGACUGUAACAGCUCAGUCAAUCCUAAUCUCCAACCAUCAAAUCGAAAACUAAUGGCUAAUCCUCUUUCUUCAAGAUAUUGCUCUGAUGCUUCUUUAACAAGGAAGAAUUCUCCAAGAAAGAGGAUGAAUAGUUUUGAUAACCAAAGAGCGAAUAAUAUCGAUCUUCCUGGAAGGUAUAAACAAUCAGCAAGCAAAGGUUGUAGUAGCUAUAAGCCAGAUGUAAAUAAAAGAUGCAAUUAGAUAUCAAUAGAAUAGAUUUGCUUUCAAGAAGAUCCAUUGGUUUAAUCACUGACAGUCAUAAUUCUUAAA